AUGAGUGGAAAAUAUAUAGAUAGGUUUGGAAUGUUAAUCAUACCAGAUAAAGAAGAAGAUUAUCUUUCAUUUGGUGAUUUUGAUAUGAUAUUGGAGACGGAAAGUCCACCAUCAACUUUGAAUACGUAUUUUGUUAAUAAUAGUUAUUCAUUCGAAUAUACCUCUUCAACUGAUUUAUUUACCUCAAUCGAUAUUCAUAAAAGUCAACAAGAUAAAGAAUUUAUAAUAUUUUCAUCAAUAAUUGAACGCAAUGAUAGAUUAGAAGUUGGAGGAAAAAUCAUUUUACGUAGAAACAAUUUCAAAGAAAUAAAAAGAUCAAAAAAGGGUAGUGGUGUUACCCUACUCAAAAAGAUCAAUGAAUAUAGCGGUGUAAAUUGUUAUAUACCGAGCGAUGGAUACUGCUUUGUAAAGUGCAAAAAUCGUUUUAAACGAAGACUACACGAAAGAAUUUCAAGAUUUCAUAAACAGUUUUUCAAAAUCAAACAGAAAUUUAUGACAACUGCUAGAAUCUGUGAAUUCAAUAAGAAAUUUAAUACUUAUUUUCAAAUUUAUAUGCCCAAACAUAGACAUUUUCAACCAAAGAAAGUAUCCGAAGAAUUAGAUUGGGUAUUUUACUUACAUAAAUCACAUUUCUGUCUCAGAAUAAAUAACAAAACCUUAGGCAUUACAGAAAUAGAAGAUAAUUACGAUGAAAACGUAUGGAGAACUUCCAGAGAUGAUAAUGCGGUAACGCAAGUUUCACCUCUAAAACUAAACGUUUUUCCAACAAUUCACGAUGAUUGUUUAUACGCAUGGAAUUGCGAAACCUAUAGCGAAAAAGAAACGAAUAAAGCAAUUCCUUAUUCUUGCACGUUAAUUAAUUUAGAAAAACUAAGAAAAAUGUUAGACAGAAUAAAACAUAACUUUCCAGAUUUAAAUCCCACUGAUAGUGUUCCAGAAGAAUUUUAUAAUAAAUUAAGGAAUAUAGUAGAAAUAUUUAAUAUUUCCAAUAAUCUAACGGCUCCUUUAUCUUUAAUGGGUUGGUAUUAUUUGUAUCAUUACCAUAAAGAAAUGGUUGAAGAAGAAUGGUAUGAAACUACUAGAAUGGUUCCGAAACACACCGAAAAAGAAAACGUGGAAAAAGUUUACUCACAUACACACCCUUUUAUAAGAUAUUUUAUCAGACAAUCCAUUAAAGGAGGAAGAGUUUCGGCGAAUCUAAAAUCAUUUGAAACGAACAAAAUGGAUGAAAUUUGUAAUGUAUUAAAUGAAUACACAGAAACACCAAGUGGUAAUAUAAUUGAUUUAUUUAAAGAAUAUAGUAAAAGUAAAAAAGAUAAAACGGAGGUUCAUUCGAGACUUAAAAAAAUAAAAUGUACUAAACUAAUGGUCUUUGAUGCUAACGGUUUGUACGCUUCCGCCAUGUCGGAUUUAGAUAGCGAAUAUACGAGAACGGAAAGUGGUAGACCAUUUCUACAAGAAGGAAAUAAAGAAUUUGUUAAGCUCUUUAAUGAGCAGAAAUUCAGACCUAGAACUGCUAUUUUAAAAGUCUGGUUUGAAUAUCCUACCAAGAUGUUCUUCCAACCCAUACCAGCUAAAGAUAAAAUCAGUUUUACGAACAAAAAAGAAAAGAAAACGUUUAAGGGUUACUCUAAUGAUAAGAUAGCUGUAGAAGAUUAUAUUCGAUUAGCUAGUGGACAUGAUGUAACGAAUGAAUUUAAGAAACCAUGGGUAAAAAGUUUCACCAAUGGAGUAGUUAUUCCAAAGGAUGAUGAUAAACAAAAGAAAGUUUUUAGAAGUUAUCUGAAUCUCGUUAAGAGAAAAGCAACGGACGAUGAAGGAAUCAUGUAUCCUUAUGGUGAUAAAGAUGACUUGAGUGUGGAUGAAAACUACGAAUUUGAUGAUUUCGAUUACCUUACUAUUCAAGAAGAGAAUGAAGAGUUUUAA